AUGGGUGUUAAUGGCGGUCCAGAAGUUUGGAGAAGAGUCAGGGAAGCUUGUACACGAAGAACUUGGCCAUGGUCUCGUUCAACUUCCCUUAGGGAAGGAAAAGGAACUGUAAUUUUCGCGUCGAGUCACGAAGAUUUGACUUUCGCAUACCGUCCAAACUUGAGCGUUAGGGAUGUCUGCACAGAAGCAGCCCAGAUACUCAAAAUCUCCCCAGUUGCAUUGGAUUUUUUCACCUUGGUUUCUGUAGACAGCAGACAUUUUCUUAAUCCAAACAAGGUGCUUAAUGAGGCUGAGUGUACCAGCCAGGUUUACUCAUUCAGACUGUGUAUCAAAGCCUGCCAUGGCCUAGAGCUGAGGGACAUUGAUAAGAAAGCAUUUGAAUAUUACUUUCAUCAGUGUCGUAGAGACUUCUUGUCAGGUGCAAUAGGAAGAUUUGAUAAUCCUAAAGAUUUUGCAGUGUUGGUGAUUUAUGAAAUCAUCUAUCGAGCAAGACAACCAAAAUCACCAGUGCACCCAAAAGUUGUGAUUGAGCAUCCGGUUCGUUAUCGAAUUAAAUCAUUACUACGGAGAGGGAUAUUUGAGGAAUAUUCCCUGAAUGAAACACAGUCAUUUCUUAAGGAGAAUCUGGAAAACUAUGAGUCUCUCAGAGAAACCCAACUCAAGAUUCAGUAUAUCAGCACUCUGGAAAAGGCUGAAGACUUUUUUGUGCACAAGUUAUCUUUUGAAAAGAUUUACCAGAAUGAAAAUGGGAGCAGUCAUAGAAAGUUUGAAGUUCACAUCAGUGCAUUUGGAAUUAAGAAAAAAAGAAAAGACAUUGAAAACAGUAAUCCUGAGCCUAUAGUGGAAAAGUUUUAUGAUGUAACAGAAAUACAAUUCGACCACAUGACAAACCUCUUUAAAAUAUUUCGAAGGGAUGAUCAUCCAGAGAUAUUGAAAGCAAGUUCCACAAAUGAUGCAUAUUCCCUGAUCACUCUCAUCGAGGGAUAUUACAGACUGAUGGUUAACCAGUACAAGCUGCUUCUACAAGGCUCCAAGAACUUAAGUCCUGCUAUACUUCAUGGGCCUAUCAUGCGUGACAGAGCCUCAAACCUGCUACUUAGAGGAACAGUAGAAGGAGGAACCAAAGAUGGCUUUUUCCUGCUACGAAAAAGUCGAGAGGUCUAUGACAGCUAUAUACUCUCAGUCUGCGUUGCAGAGAAAGUCAGGCAUUUUGUUAUCAAAUUCAUUGCUGAAACUGGAAUGUAUUGCUACGAAAGUGACUCAAGCAAAGGAUUUUCUGAUUUAAAGGGGCUGGUGGAACAUUACAAACGUUCAGCAGAUGGACUUCCUGUUUGUUUGAAGCAGAUGCUUCCACCAAAUUGUGAAGGUUUUGCAGCAUUGCUUGAUAGACAGGUUUUUACACCUGCUGUACCAGAAGUUCGUCUCCUUGAUUCUUCUUACCAACUACAAGACUUGAAUCUGGAUGAAGAGACAUAUUUGCUAUCGGGUGAAUUUGGUGAAGUAAAGAAGGGUUACUGGGAAAGAGGAGACGAACAUUUUCAGGUGGUCUCAAGGGCACUGAUCAAACCUCUGGGAAAGAAUAAAAUCUUUAGCUUCAAAGAGUUUAUGACCAAGUUCACAGAGCUGAAGAACACGUACCUGACUAUGUUUUAUGGCAUACAAGAAACUGAAAGAGCCUUGAUCUUUGUAUUUGAAUGGGUACCAGAAGGUCCCCUUGAUCAAUAUGUUAAGAAUGAAAGCGGUAAAGAAGAAAAUGGAAUGACAAUUUCCAGGCUUGUUUCAUAUUUAAUGCAGAUUGCAGAGGGGAUGAUGUUCUUGCACAGCAAGGAUUGUGUUCAUGGUAGAUUGUGUGCACACAAUGUACUAGUCGUUGACUCAGAAUGUGUCAAGCUCAGUGAUUUCUACCUGAUACAACUUCAAAAGAAUGGUCACAGCUUCUAUCAUGGGUCCCAAAGUGGACACAGUUACUGUUGGUGGUCACCUCAGGCUUUGCUCGACAAGGAAUUCACCAAGGAAAGUGACAUCUGGUCCUUUGGAGUCACAGUCUGGGAAUUGUUUACAAUGAAGAAGCCUUAUCAUUGUUCUUUCACAGACCAUGUGUUGUCUUAUGAAGAGGUGAGGAGUCGAUAUAUGGCAGCACAUUAUCUUGUUCCCAAAAGCCCAAACUGUCCAGCAAGUGUGGCAAAUCUAAUUAAAAGAUGCUUUGCUCCCAAACCAGAGGACAGAAUGUGUUUCAGGGAUUUGGUGACAGAGCUUCGAUCACCACAAUUAAUUUCUGAUGAUGACGCUUCCCAGAUCCUCCUCCCCCCUGAUUUCAUGGAGGUGGAAGAUUGGGAAAUUCUGUCAUCUUCUGAGAAUGAAUUGGAAUUACAGGCCAUGCAGACAGACUCUCAGGUCUCCAAUGUGGACUAUUCUUGCCUUCCUGGUACUGACGGUGGUGAAGACUACAACACCACACUUCCUGGCAUUUCAUUAAUCAGCAGCAUAUCCCUCUUUGACAAUGCAACUUCAAGGAAGAAAAGCCUCUCAAAGACCUUUUCCGUUCCUGGUUUGACAUCUGAAAAUGAGUAUGAAAGUUCUUUACCAUCCAGGGGGCUAGAGAAUUUAGAUGUUAUGAGACAACGAAGUGGCACUGGCAUCAGUUCUUGUCCUCCAUCUCUCCAGACUAGCAAUGAAGGAUCACUUGAAAGAACAGGACAGCAGAUGGAGCCCACUGAGACACAAGAAGAAGCAAGAUAUCUUCCAGCUCCCUUGGCUGCAUUGCCAAGAACAAACCAACAGACAGUUCUUGUGUUCAGGAAUGGUACAGAAGACCUUACUGAAGCACAGUCAGAAGAGACAAGCAGCAGUGACAACUGCAGUAACGAUGAUGACACAGCUGGAGCUGAGGCUUUAGCAAUGCAGUCCUUAGGGAAGCACCUCAUUUUGUCAGACCUUGAUGAGCACCUCCAUUCAUCAGCAGUGGAUACAGAAUUUGAAAUGUUCUCAGUUAUUCCUGAUGGUGAUGUUGAUCAAGGUGAUGAAGAAGACGUUGAGCAGUUAUCCGAGUUUGGUUCAUCUAUGUACAUCAGUCUUGAAAAGGCUACAAAGGAUAGCUCAGUUACUAAGGUUGUCCAGCCUACAUGUCAUACAGAAGAGCAACAUGGGAAAUCUAGAGCUGGGUCAUAUGUUACUCUUAUCAAUGGAACAAGAGGAUCAGAACCACAAGAUAAACCAAAAGGUUCAGCCUUUUUGCAACUUGCAUCAACAGGCCAUGGAGAAAAUGGAGUCAGUUCUUCUCCUGUUCAAGCCACACCUCUACCAUCUGCUAUAGUCAACAUAGCUGCAACAAGUGAAAUGACCCAGACUACUGAACAUCAAAAUGUAAAGGAGAUGGUUGAUUCCCCAUAUCAGAGCCACUCAACAGCAAGACAGAGUCAGCAGCAAAAGUUUACAAAUGAACUUGUGGCGCAAUUUUCCAGCAGCAAUGAUCUUCCAGAAGGAAUCGAGCAUUCGGAUGAUGAAGAUAGUGGACUUAUCACAACUUCUUGCACAUCACCAGAUGAGUUUUUAGCCUCUUUUACUAGUAAUUGUGUUACAAAAGAGACUGAAUCAUUUUCUCUUGAGCUGUUGUCAGAAAUUGAUAAUUGUUCACUUGAGGAAGGGUUUUCCCCCUUAAUUACUGACCUGCAAGAGGAAAGUGACAUCAACAGUGCAGAUUUUUGUGGUAAUGCAGAACUGAGCCUGGGUAAAUGUUUUCGGGAUGAUACUCUGGGAUUAUAUGCAAAUAACAUACCAGAUCAGUCAUGUGAAGACAAGGACAAUAUCCCUUUAGAUUCCAAGUUCCAUGAAGAUACAGAGCUUGAAGGUCUUGAAGGCUUUUCGUGUGUGAUGGCUUACAAUCAGGAAGAGGAUGAAAACAAGCAAGAAGAUAGAACUAGAACUUUAACAAAGAGAGGGAUUAGUGGGCAUGGUCUAGAAUUCCCAGGAUUAGCCGAUCCAUUGGCCCCAGUAACUGAGUCAGCUUGCUUUCUUCUGCCAGAGAUGAUGGAAACAAACUCUGAAGAGGGGAGUAAAGAUGAAGAUGCUGAAGACACAGAAAAUGAAGACACUUCAUUGCAUCCAGGUCUAUUUGAAAACACCAUCUUGAUGUUUGACCAGGCACAAGAACAUCUGGAAAUGAAAGAGUUUACCCUGAACAACCUUUCAAAAGAACAGGAUAAACCAUCUGAGCACCUUGAUUUCAAAGAAGACCACUUUGUGGGCCAGAUUGGUGAGACAGGAAUAGAAGACACUUGUUCACUUAAUGAUGAUCAGGAAGCCGGAGGUGGUUUUGAAGAAAAUGUUUCAGAAAGUCAUGAUUACAAGAAAGAGAGUGACCUGAAAGGUGGAAUCUCAAGACAUCAUGACAGGAAGGUGGAGGGACAACAAGGAAGACCUGUAAAUCCAAGUUACAAAUUUUUCGCAGAUGAAUUGCAAGAGCCAUUGGAUUCCUUCAGCCACUCUUCAUCAUCUGACGGAAUCUGGCCCUCCCGAAGUAACAUGGGAUUUAGGAGAUCAACAAUCGGUUCAACCUCUUCCUGUACAGAGGAACCUCCAACUUUGGAUUUGAGCAAGAUUCCUGCUCAGCUUCUCAUACCAUCUGAAGACUUGAAUUUGCAAGAUAUUCUUGGUCGGGGUCAAUUUGGUGAAGUCAGGAAAGCAAGCAUUGUAUCCUCGAAUCAGAUGGGAACUCCCAAGAGAGAUGAAGUUGCUGUCAAGGUACUGAAAGACAAGGCAUCACUUAAGGACUCUACUGACUUUAUCAAGGAAGUAGAAACAAUGGUUCUGUUAGCAUCAAAACAGGAUUGUAAAUACAUCAUCAAACUUCGUGGAGUCUCCAAAGAUGAGAAAGGAAAACUUAUGCUGGUGACAGAGCUUGCUCCACUGGGAGCUUUGGUGCAGUACUUACCCAAAAACAAGGAAAUUCUUCAAACACCACAGCUCCUUGAAUUCUGUUUGCAAAUUUGCAAAGGAAUGAAUUACCUGGAAACUCAAAAACUACUUCACAGAGACCUUGCUGCAAGGAAUAUCCUGGUUAUGCGGGAGGACCUGGUGAAGAUCAGUGAUUUUGGACUCUCCAGGUUGGAAGAAUACUACAAACUUCAGGAAUCCAGCAAAGUGCCUAUCAAGUGGUAUGCACUGGAAAGUUUGCUAGAAAAACGAUUCACAACAAAAAGUGAUGUCUGGAGUUUUGGAGUGACUAUGUGGGAAAUUUUUUCCUUUGGGGAGAAACCAUACAAAGAUGUUGAAAACUGCAAGCUCUCUGACUUUCUAGAAAGUGGAAAUCGACUACCUUGUCCACCUAAGUGCCCACCAAAGGUCUACAAAGUCAUGUUCGAUUGCUGGAUAAAACAUACUGGAAAAAGACCAAGCUUUUUCCUCCUGGAAACAACAUUUUUUGAAGAAUUACAAAAGGAUUACCCUCUCAGUGGUUAAUUUUGACAUUAGAGGGCCAGGAUUUUGGCUCCCUCCUUCUUAAACAUCACGCUAUCUAUUGAAAUAGGAGAAAUGCCAGAUUUGUGGGUAAUUGCCAUUUUAUCCAUGCCUCAGAGGAUGGUUUCGAGUCCAAUUUAGUGUUUAUUAGAUCAUGAAACAUUACUAUAAAACCGUUAUUUACAACCAUGACUGUUACUCAACUGUCGAAGCCACUCAUUACUUAAAGACACAGGCUGCAUCUAGUAGAUAGCACAGUACGUCUUGCUAUCACUUAUCCCCUGGAUAGCCAUUUAUCUAUUGGGUAGCAUCAUCCACCCUUUGAUUACUUGGUACCAGGUCUACCUUGUACAGAGGUAAUGUGGUAUCAUCAUCUGAGUUGAUAACAUAAAUUGGCCACCGUUAAGAGUUUCAAAGCUGACAUUUAGAGCAUUAGCCCUUAACUCUUGCUCUGAUAAGGGGCUAACACUUGAAAUUUCAGCUUUGAAACUCUUACGGGUGGCCAAUUUCUGUUUACUUAUCAACUCAGUUGAUGAUAGCAAGUUACCCUGUUAUACUCUCCCACAUACACAGCACCACAGUUUCUUUAGAAACUUACCCCCCUUAACUUGUUAUGGUCUGGUGUAACAACACCUCUAGCAGCUCUUACCUUUAAGACAAUACUGUGUUCAAAUUAGAAACCAAGGUAAAUCAGAUCUCUCAGUCCAUAUACAGAUCUAAAAUAUCUUAGGUGAAGAUUUUAUUCACAAAAAGGUCCUGUGCUAGAAAAUAACACACAACUUCUCUGUCCUACCUCUUGACCAUUAGAAAAAGACCAAUGUUGCAAAUAUUGGUACCAGUUUUCAGCACCCAUGUUUCAAUUAUACUACUGGCUUUAAGUAUGUUCAUUUUACUGGAUCCUAAAUUGUGAUUGACUACCCAGAUAAGUCACACGGUCAAAACUUCACUCCACUCAUUUCAACUAGCAUCAUACAUCAUCAAUGAAAAUACAAGUAUCUAAAGUUGGUGGCUACAAUUCAAGCUAUCAGAAUGUUUUGAAACUUGCAACAUGGUUACAAAAAUGAACAGAACUUGCAACAUUCAAAUUACAGAGGAGUGCUAUAACAAAAAAUUUAAAGAGAGAAAACUAGCAAUUUUUUUGUCCAUUUACUUGUUCUCAAUUUUCCCAUUGAGGUUGAAUCCCAUUAAAUUCACUGUGUUUAAAUUUAAUUGCAUUGAUUAAUAUGCUUAUUAAGUAGCUUGAAAAUUACAAUGUUCCUGCUUAAUUAUAGCAUCAGUUUGAGUUUUUUAAUAAUUAAUAUUUUAGUUGGUGGAACCAUCACCAAGUGUCAAGUGCAAUGUAUCCAUUUUCGAUUGUAUUGAGUGUGUAAUAUGUAUUAGAACACAGUCUUGUUAAUUUUGACUGGAGUGUAAAUGUAAGUUUUCAUACAAAGCACAAUGCAUAGAAGAGCUGGAAUGCUUUUGUGAUUAUUAAACUGUUAUUUC